CUGCGUCGGGGUGUUUUGCUUUGUUUCUUGUCGUUAGGUAGUGCGGCGUGGCGUCGUUUGGCUGCGUAUGGGCUGCGCAGUCGCCCGCCGCGGGUCCUUUCAAGCACCUGGGGAAAGUCUGCGCACCGCGCUCUUAUGGUGAUGGUGUGCGCCCGCUUGGGUUCUCGG